AUGAAAUUGCUGGGUUUUUUCUUGUCGUGGGUUUCGGUAUGCGCAAUAGUAUCAGCCAGCGAAGAAGGACACAUAUAUUGCGGGCGUUAUUUGGCAUACAAAAUGGCCGAUUUGUGCUGGCGUGCCGGCUUUGAGAAGCGUAGUGUCGCGCACUACGCCGGUUACGGCUGGCCGUUGCUGCCUUCUUUGUCGGAAGAGCGCGGCAAACGAGGCAUCGCCGAUGAAUGCUGUCUUCAACCAUGCACGAACGAUGUGUUACUGUCAUACUGUUAG